AUGACGGAACCAGUAGCAUCAAUGUCAAAUGACGAGGACGAACCUCUUCUGAAUACUGUUGUAGCAGAGAAUUCAACAGCUCCUACCGGUAACCGUCGAUGUCCAACAUGUCAAGGUACAGGCUCAGUUUCAGCAUCGUCGGGUCUUGUUGCUCUAAUUCCUGUUGAUGAUGUUCGUUUGAAACGACGACAUACAUUUCUAUGGAUUAUAUUAACAAUUUUCUUUUGCACUCUCGCUGCUUUGGCUGUUGUUACAACUAUCCUUCCACGUUCUGUACAUUUAUCUUUGACAAAUCCGAUUGUUAUCGACGCAACUGAUGACUCAUUUCGGAAUUCAACAUACUAUCGUUUGAAAUUCAUUCAUCAAGCAACUAUUCGCUCAGAUAAUUGGGUACCAAUACGUCUAAUCAAUUUAACAGCAUCUGUUGAACAUCAACUUGUACCAGUCGGUCCAACUGCACAAAAGAUCUACAACCAUCAGAUGUAUUUACGUCCAUUGGGAACUAUACAAUCAAAUCUGACGGUUCAAUUAGACUUCUCUCCUUCAACAAUGGCUUAUCGUGCUUGCAAAGGAAUAUUUCGACAAAUGCUUCUAUUCAAAAUUCAAACUACUCUGACAUAUGCAGAUUUUCUUCUCGGUCGAAUUCAAACGACUAAUGACGUGUCUUAUCAAUACGUUCUAUGUAAUAGAGGAGAAUGGAAACCACAUGAAGAUAUUGCCGAGAUGACAACGAGAGUAACUGCAGCCACAAUCUGA